CAACUGCGCAUGCGCCAAACAGCAGCCGGUCAAUGUAAACACAACGUGUUUUUAGGGUUUGUGCUUUAUUCGUAAUUCGGAUUUUUUCUGAUUUAUUACCCGCAGUACUGGGUUCCCCUGUCUGAUCUGAAGGAGUGUGUUAUAACUGGCCUGUUUUUCUAUCUAUUUCGGGUGGUCAGGUUUGUUUACAUCCGUACACUAAGGAGGGUGCAGCAGUGCAGCAUAAUGUGAAGUUGGAGUUUAUGUUUCAUCCGGAUGAAGAAUUGAAGGCUUAUUUCUACUAAAGAAGCUGGAGAAUACGAAGAACAUUCUGUGUGGUGGACAGCCCAGCCUAUCACUGCACAUAGAUCAGAAUCUGUUGAAGGAAUCAUGACAGCUGAGAGUGUUUCAGUCAUCGACCUGCCCCACUGGGAGAGUGGAAAAAGGAGGAUUCGAUUCCUUUAUUUAGCUGCCAACAAUUCCUUCAGAGUUACCAAACAGUGUACAAAUGAGGAGCAGAUGAUCCCCCUUUUUCUUGGAGCUGAUCUUUUUUCCAACACAGAUGUCCGUACCGAAAACCAUCCCAGAUAUCAUGCAAAAUUUGCCAAAAAGGGACUGGCAACCAAGCUGGUCUUUUCCUCAGCCUUCAGGUUCCAAGGCAUUCGACUUCCGUGCUCCAGUAACAGCUUGUGGUUCUACUGCAUUCAUGGAGUUUUUCGUGUAGCCUUCGAGCUUUACAGUAAACAAGAGCAGCUUUCAGUCUUGGAGUCAUUUCAGGAUGUCUGGAGAGCUCGGAUUAACGAUGAGCAAUUAAACAUGGUUUACAAUCUUGAUGUUCAAUUAGAUACUCCAGUUCCAGAAAUCAUUGAAAAAGAAAUGCCAAAAACAGAUGAGAUAUUUGCAUUAGCCAGUGCCCAUUCACCCUCUCAGGAGACAGAGGAAAACUCUGUCGCCUCCCAGCCCAAAGAUUCAUCUGCUGAUCACGACUACUGCUUCCUGUCAGAGCAAGUGAACUCUCAGCACUGUAGUGAACUAGUUGAGAAGGUCUGCAGUAUAGGAGACAAGGUGAAAUCCACGAGUACCAUGGGAGUAAAACAAAAAGAAACUGUGCUGAAGCUUCUGGAUUAUACUGAAUGUUUGAUUGGUGGGCAGCAGGAUGAAGAAAGGCUGACUGAGGCUGUGUUGGCUUUACUUCGUAACCAUUCACCAGAGUUUUCCAUCUACUCCAGCCCUUUGCUGCGGGCUCUGGCUAGCUGGCUUGGGCAGACGUUCCACGUAGCAAACAGCAACAUAAGUCAACAGGUUGAAGGUUUCAAAAUGAGACACAUUGAACACAUUACAGACUUGCCCCCUGCAGAGGAACUUGCCACAGAACUCUUUCCUGAGGCUAUGCGAAACCUGCUGAUAAACUGGAUGGGUCUCAGUGAUGAGGCAGCCACAUGGAAAAGACUCAGCGAAUAUCCCAUAGUACUGCUUAUCCUGGAAUUUGCCAAUCAUAACCUCAUCACAGGAGUGGCUCAUGUUCUGUACUCCAGUCUCAUCAGCAGAUAGGGAUAGGGGUGUUAAUAUAUUUCAGUUUUCCCUUUUAGACCCAAAAUCAGUUGAUUACCAAAAGUAUAUCUAAGGAAUUGGUUUUAAUUUACUACAGAACAGCAUUAUGCAAACUGCAGGCCUGGAACAUUAUAUUUGCUACAAACUGCUUAACAAGUAACUUUAAAUAGACGUGUUUAUGUCUACAGGUGCUAUAAUUUUCAGUAAUUCUAUUCAUUAACUAUUAGAACCAAAGUCAGUAUAUUUCAGACAAUCAGGAUAAUAUGUACGAACUGACACUUUUGACAGUGUGGGCAGUGUGCCAAGUCCUGCUGGAAAAAGAAAUCCUCAUCUCAUAAAGCUCAUCAGCAGAGGGAAGCAUGAAGUGCUGUAAGAUUUUGUGGGACUUUAGACUUGAUAAUUAAACACAGUGGAUCAACACCAGCAGAUGACAUGUCUCUCCAACACCAUCACUGAUUAUAGACACUUCACACUCAACCUUAAGCAGCUUAGAGCACGAUUUCCAAAUUAAAUGCUACAUUUUCUGAUGUUAGUGGUGGUUUGCGGAGCCAUGUCAUCUGCUGGUGUUGGUCCAGAGUAAGUGCAGUGUCUUAUCAGAACAUUUUACAGCACUUCAUGCUUUCCUCUGCUGACUAGCUUUAUGGAGAUGUGGAUUUCAUUUUCCAGCAGGACUUGGUAGACUGCCCACACUGUCAAAAGUACCAAUUGGUCUUAUUAUUAUUCUUAUAUAACAAUCUUCUGUGAUACUGAUUUGGGUUUUCAUGAGCUGUAAGCCAUAAUCAACAACAUUAAACAGAAUAAACUCUUGUAUAGAUCA